AUGAAGGACUUUUACUGCCCAGUCGCGAUGCCGCGGUGCAGCCGCUACGCGCAGAGGCUGAGAGCGUCGCGCACCGUGCGCUUCCCCAACGACAUCGUCUUCCAGGACCACAUCCGACAGGGGGACCUGGAGCAGGUGGGCAGGUUCAUCCGCGCCAGGAAGGUGACGCUGGACACCAUCUACCCUUCUGGCAUGGCAGCCCUCCAUGAAGCUGUGCUUACUGGAAACCUGGACUGUGUCAAGCUCCUGGUCAGAUACGGCGCUGACAUCCACCAGAGAGAUGAGGAUGGGUGGACGCCCCUGCACAUGGCCUGCAGCGACGGCUAUGCCGACAUAGCCAGGUACCUCCUCUCCCUCGGGGCCAGCCUGGAGGCCACCACCGACGCCGGGGAGAAGCCCUCAGACCUCAUUGACCCCGAGUACAAGGACCUGGUGGAGCUCUUCGAAGCCACCACGAUGGACUGA